ACGUACUCGCGUCAACGUGCGCUUGGAGCUUGGGUUUGAUCAGCUUAUUGAGGAUUGAGCAGUGACCUAACCUUAAAAAAUUACGCUUAAUGUAAUUUCAAGUCAGCUCUUUCUAAAUUUGUCAUUUUCUAUAACUGAAGUGCUUACCAUCUAUAAUGAAUACUCAUUUGGUUCAGAACUAGAAGAGUACUCAAUAAUUCAUCAACUAGGUUUUAAAAUACUUUUUCUGGGCGAAAAUGGCACUUUGUAAAAAUAUCCUAUUCUUUGCCCAGCCAGAAUUCAGAGUGAUAGUACAUGGAUUUAAAACCUCUUCUUCGGUAUCUAUUGAUCAGUAUUGGAGAAUGCAGAAAGGUUUGACUGCAAAUCCAAAUGCGUUUGGGCCACUCACGAAUUUACCAGAUUAUUCGUUUAAAGACGGAAGACCAACACCUUAUGGAGUAAACCAGAAAAGAAAGAUUGUCAAAAAUCGAGAAUAUGCAGCGAAAAUUGUAAGAUUGGUGGGAGAAGUAGAUUAUGCUGUUGAAAGAUAUGACCGAUUAAUCAAAGAAAAACAAGAGGAACAGCGAAGAAUUAUCGACAGCAAAUUGAAAGCAAAAGGCGAAUUGCUAUUAGCCCAAAAGAAAGAUUCUUAGUUAAUUUCCACCAAUAUUUGUAUAAAGAAUAAAAAUUACGAUUUAAAUUA